GCUCAAUGGGCGUUGGCGACACGAGGGAAUACGAUCUUACAUGUGUAUAGCCAACCCGAACGUUUCCGCAUCCUGCUCGUGCACUAAUAGCAGUGGUAUAUCCGAGCCACAUCCGGGUCACUGGUGGCAACGGCACGUGUAGUGUACAAUAAUGAAGCGCGUACGAGGGAUAGAAGACUUCUUCAACAGCAGUUCAAGAUCAAAGCAGCCGCGUGAUGAAACAGAGGAGCACCAAGACAGACCACAAUCUCCUAGCGGUACGUCCCCCGUCCGAGUCAUGAUCAACAGCGAGCCAUUGGAGCGUGCUAGCGAUACAUGCAGUGAAAGUGUGCCUGAAUCCAGCAGACAGACGAAAAGAAACUUUCAGCCGAGGUGGCUGAACGAGUUCUCUUGGUUGCGUUAUGAGAACGGCGCUAUGACGUGCUCUUACUGCAGUGCCUUUCCUGCCAAAGCAGGAAGCACAGAAUUUGCGAAGGGCUGCGUGACAACCUUUAAACGAGAAACAGUAACUGCCCAUGGUAAAAGCAAGAGGCAUAUUAGUUGCAGAGACUCUGCCCUUGGGAUGAAAAGAGGAGCAACGAUACAGGUAGGGUUUGAAACUCAAGAAGCCGUCAGUGACGGUAGGGAGAUGGUAGAUCUGCUGAGAAAGAUCAACACAGCGUACGCAAUAGCUAAGGAGGAACUGCCAUUUACAAAGUUUCGUCCUCUGUUGGACUUGCAACGGAAGAACGGUUUGGAAUUGAGCCAAAGUUGGAAGUGGCAGAGAAAAUGA